AUGAAGAGUCAGCAAUACCAAGACAGUUGCUUGAUCAUUGUUGGUGGAGGAGGUGCAGCUGACGAGCUGCUAGCAAGGAGGCGUUUGGCUGCUGGGGGUCGCCUCGUGCACAUCUCCACGGGCGGCCUGGGCGAUGAGCGCGUGAAGGUGGCCGCUUUCAGCCUUCAGGAGGCGUUCUUUUCCUGGCUGCCCCCGCCGCCGCACUGGGCCGUGUCCCUGCUCGGGAAGCGUCUGGGAGCCCGAUCCAGGGGGUACUGGACCAAGUCAGGUCCGGACGCUUUCGAUCUACCGCCAACGCAUAGCCUGCAGAUUGUCAAGACUGAGGGCUCUUUGAGACACAUCUACAUCAUCGACUCCGGGGCGAAUAUUCAGGCGGAAUUAUCCGGACAGGUGGUUCUGAACCCCACCCUACAGCAGGCGCAAGAUUGGGAUGUGACAGUGGUCGACCCUUACCUGAAGCCUUUCGGCCCAUGCAAAACGCCCAACGCCAAUGUGCUGGCAACGAGCGUAGACAUCUUCCAGCACAUGCAACUCGAGGCCAACCUUUCUCCAAGUUACAAGCCUUGGUGGCGACCACUCCCGGUUAUGAUGAAUGGCAUCCUCUUCUGCGGCCCUCUGAUUGUUGAGAAUCUCGCCGCCAGCCUUUGUGGCCAGCAGAGCCACUGGAAGAUCAAUCGACUUGGGAACGUAAUUGGCAUGGUGGCCCUGAUCACGGCGGUGUUGGCCAGCGACUGGCGCAUUGGUGAGUUCCCCCUUCAUCUCAGCUUCGUCCCGAUGUUCAUUGCCAACCCACUGGCUCUGUACAAGUUUACCAUGAACAAGCCUGAGCAUUCGUCCAGGCACUUCUCCACAAGGUUACGUUGGGCACUGGCUCAAGUCGCUGGUGUGGUUGGCUGCGCUUUUACGAUGGCUGGCGUUUGCAUGACUUACGCGGCACUUGUGGCGGCUGACAUGAAGAUGACAGCGAUGGUUGUCCUGCCCAUCUCCACCACUCUCCUGGAGCAGGCUGCGGUCACCUAUACACGCACCGUGUAUCGCAAGUUCGUCUGGGCAAAGAGGUGCCAGAGCAGCAACCUGGACACAGGGGACCACCUCUACAUACCGGUCCCGAUGAUGAUCAGUUCUGCCCACAGCCUUGCCGAGGCGGUGCGGCUGGUUGGCGUCUUUGCAGGGGCCGUGAAGUGGGGACACCGGACACCUCUCCUGGCUCUUCACCGUCUCCUCCCAGCUGGUGAUCAAUCUCUUUGUUCGCUUGGGCUGGUCGCACUUCGCUGUCUUCGGCAUCUUCAAACGUUGUGCCGGAGAGCAGCAUGA